AUGUCCCUGUCUAAUGAUGAGGCCGUCCAAGCACAACACAGCACUGAAACCGGCGUGGCACCGGCCCUCCCAUCAGAAAUCACCCUCCUGACCCUCAACUGCUGGGGCCUCCUCCACAUAUCAGCCCUCCGCACUCCUCGUCUCGCCGAAAUAGGCAGACAAAUAGCUACGCUCGAACCGACUCCUCACAUCGUGUGUCUACAAGAAUGCUGGGUUCAAGACGACUACCGCGCCAUCCGGGACGCCACACAGGCCAUCCUCCCCCAUGGAAAGUUUUACCACAGUGGUGCAUUUGGGGGUGGUUUGGCGAUCCUGAGUCGUUGGCCUAUUGAGGAGAGUUCCAUGUUCCCCUACAGACUGAACGGACGGCCAACCGCCUUUUGGAGGGGUGACUGGUUCGUCGGAAAGGGCGUUGCAACGGCCAAGGUGAGAUAUGGACCAGGGAGAGGGCAUGUCGUUGAAGUCUUCAACACUCAUACUCAUGCCCCCUACGAAAGCGGACCUGAUGAUUCGUAUCUCUGUCACCGGAUCGCUCAGGCAUGGGACAUUGCAAAACUCGUCCGCGGUGCCACUGACCGUGGGCACCUGGUCGUCGCCCUUGGCGACUUCAACAUGAUUCCUCUCUCCCUCGCCUACCGCAUCAUUACAUCAGGCGCCCCCAUUCGGGACACAUGGCGCAUCCUCCACCCGGACAGUUCCAUCGGGGCAUCGGACCAAGCCGAAGAAAAGGCUCGCCGUCUCUCCGUCCCGACAGCCGAGUACAACCACCGUGUCAAUGGAGCAGCCAGUGAUACAGUCUACAACACAUGGAGAUGGAGCAGAGAAGAGCAAAAGAAGCUCAAACACGACCCCUGCCCCGUGGAUCCCGACACAAAAGACCCCAAGGGCAAACGCAUAGACUACGUCUUCGCAUCAACAGGCCAUGUCUCUGGUGGAACGGGCUGGGUAGUCAAAUCCGCUGCUGUAGAACUCGCUGGUCGUCACCCAGAGUUGAACUGCUCCCUAUCUGAUCAUUUUGGCGUCCGGGCUACUCUUCAGCGCUACAGUCUUUCCGACGGUGCGGCUCAGAAGCCCACCGAGCACGACUUACAGCUUCGCUAUGACGGCGAGCACACUUGCACGCUCACACUCUCCGACUACGACGAGAUUCUCGCCAUGACGGAAAAGUACACUUCUCGAGAGAGGAGGCAGCGAUACUGGCGUGGCUUUCACUUUUACGCAGCUGUGCUGAUCUGGAUUGGAUGCCUAAUAGCUGUGUGGUUCAGUCCGCGCACCUUCGUUUCCUUCCUCCUCAUGCUGUUGGCCAGUUUGAGCCUGACCGCCGGUGUUGUCGAUGGCCUUCUGGCACUGUUAUUCUUCUCCGCCGAGAUCCGUGGUCUCAAAGAAUUUGAAUGGGAGAUACGAAAUGCCAGGGCCGCCGCCGUUUCACGGCAGUCAUCUUAA